UUUACUCUCACUUUCCAAUUUCCAAACUAGCCGCUCUAAAGAAACCAAAGGCGGUAGCCAGCCCGAAAAUUUCCCUCAGGCCUUCCACCCUCAAAAGUUGAUAUUUUUGAGCGACAAAUUCCUGAGGGACAAAACUUUGUAACUUUUGAUAGCUCCAAUCUAAUGGCAGCUAAAGAGCCAUUGGUAAUAACAGCCAAAGAUGAGAUGAGAAAGUGGUCGAGAAAGAUGAGAUCCCAAGGCAAAUCAAUUGGGUUAGUUCCUACCAUGGGUUACCUUCACCAGGGCCACCUGUCUCUCAUCCAAGAAGCACACAAGCACAGCCACCUCAUAGUUGUCUCUAUCUAUGUAAACCCAGGUCAGUUUUCUCCUUCCGAGGACCUUUCAACAUACCCAUCUGAUUUACAUGGUGAUAUGCUUAAGCUUAAGUCUGUUCCUGGUGGAGUUGAUGUUGUUUUUUGCCCUAAGAAUCUGUAUGACUAUAACAAUGAUAGUGAUGAGAAGCAAAAGAAUAAGAAUGGAAAUGAGAAUUUGGGUGCUGGUGGUGGGGAUGGGAAUGGGGUGGUUUCAUGUGUGGAGGAGAAGGGGAGUGGGCAUGAAACAUGGGUGAGAGUUGAAAGAUUGGAGAAAGGAUUGUGUGGGAAAAGUAGGCCCGUGUUCUUCAGAGGGGUUGCCACCAUUGUGACCAAGUUGUUUCACAUUGUGGAACCUGAUGUUGCUGUCUUUGGUAAAAAGGAUUAUCAGCAGUGGAGGAUAAUACAACGGAUGGUUCGAGAUCUUGAUUUCGCCAUUGAAAUUGUGGGGUCUGAGAUAACCCGUGAUAGCGAUGGCCUUGCGCUGAGUUCACGAAAUGUGCAUCUCUCCCCUGAAGAAAGGCAAAAGGCAUUGUCUAUUAGCAGGUCAUUGUCAAAGGCUAAAGCUGCUGCUAAAGAAGGGCAAGUUAAAUGUAGAGAACUAAAGGAUUCAGCUAUCCUAACAAUAACUCAAGCUGGGGGAAGAAUUGAUUAUGCUGAGAUAGUUGAUCAGGAGAAUUUGAAGUCAGUGGAAGAGAUUAAGGGUCCUGUUGUUUUUUGCAUUGCUGCUUGGUUUGGCAAGGUUAGGCUGAUAGAUAACAUGGAAAUCGACAUAUGAAACUCUCCGUCUUCAGACUAAUGCACUUACUUAUUUUUUUGGGAGGGGCAAUAAGUUAGGGUGGUAAUGGUUUAAUUUUGUUCUUUUUCUAUGGUUAAUGUGUAACAUUUUGGUUUUUUUUAUUUUUAUAAACCGAGCCGAACAGCAUCCAUAAUCAAAUCAGUCCACACUGUAUAACUUGGCUUAAAUUCAUAAUAAUAAUAUUCUGUGUUCUGUUCCAA